CGUCCGUGUCUGUGUGCGUCAGGCGCGCGCGCAUCCCUGCUUUUAACGAAGAAAAAAAAAAAAAACCCAGUGUAGAGCGAACACCCUUCAAAUAUGGCGGAGGGGGAACUGGACGUCGAUUCGCUCAUCUCCAGGCUUUUAGAGGUGCGAGGAUGUCGCCCGGGAAAGAUCGUGCAGAUGACGGAGGCGGAGGUGCGAGGGCUGUGCAUUAAAUCCCGAGAGAUCUUCCUGAGUCAGCCCAUUCUGUUGGAGCUGGAGGCGCCGCUCAAAAUCUGCGGUGACAUCCACGGCCAGUACACAGACCUGCUGAGGUUGUUCGAGUACGGCGGAUUCCCCCCGGAGGCGAACUACCUCUUCCUGGGUGAUUACGUGGACCGAGGAAAGCAGUCUCUGGAGACCAUCUGCCUCCUGCUGGCGUACAAGAUCAAAUACCCCGAAAACUUCUUCCUGCUGCGGGGAAACCACGAGUGCGCCUCCAUCAACCGCAUCUACGGCUUCUACGACGAGUGCAAGCGCAGGUUCAACAUCAAACUCUGGAAGACGUUCACCGACUGUUUCAAUUGCCUGCCCAUCGCCGCUAUCGUCGAUGAGAAGAUUUUCUGCUGCCAUGGAGGCCUGUCUCCUGACCUGCAGUCUAUGGAGCAGAUCAGACGGAUCAUGAGGCCCACAGACGUCCCUGACACAGGGCUGCUGUGCGACCUGCUGUGGUCCGACCCAGAUAAAGACGUACAAGGCUGGGGCGAGAACGACCGCGGCGUGUCCUUCACGUUCGGAGCCGACGUGGUCAGCAAGUUCCUCAACCGCCACGAUCUGGAUCUCAUCUGCAGAGCGCAUCAGGUGGUAGAGGAUGGGUAUGAGUUCUUUGCCAAGAGACAGCUGGUCACUCUGUUCUCCGCUCCGAACUACUGCGGCGAGUUCGACAACGCCGGCGGCAUGAUGAGUGUGGACGAAACGCUCAUGUGUUCCUUUCAGAUCCUGAAACCUUCAGAGAAAAAGGCUAAGUACCAGUACGGCGGGAUGAACUCGGGGCGCCCAGUGACUCCGCCUCGCACAGCCACCCCACCCAAAAAGCGGUGAGCGCUCUAACGGCGUCGCCGAGAAGUAGAGCGAGAGAGAGAUUAAAGAGCGAUCGAAACGGAUGAUGAAGUACAAGGCAAGACCGAGUGUCAACCCCCACCCCCCCCUGCAAUUUCUGCCACGAUGGCAAAACAAUGUAGUCAUAUACACAGCGAGAAGCAACCCUUUCUGAUUUUAAACGCUUAUUAAACUUUCCCCUGAUCUCUUUUCAUCAUUUUUUUUUCUAUACUUCCUGUUUUACUCUUAAUCGUUCAGUCCCAGCCUUUGUGUGUAACCACGUUCUUCAAUGAAGUGUUUUUUUUUCUUCUUCUCUUCUUCAUGUAUACUUAUUGACAAACACAAAAACACACACACAUAUGCACACACACGCACUAGUCUGCAUAUCAGAGUGUCACACUUUCUGUUUGGUUUUUGAUUUUUGUUUAUCUCUGAACGAACGAUGUACAUUGACUAGUUCUUUCUCUUAGUUUUUUUUCAUGUUUUUUUUUCUUUUCGUUUCAUUCUUCCCGACCUGUUUAAGAGAAACGGGGACACGUAAAUAAACCAAUAACCGCGUCUGGGUUUUCAGUAAAUAAACCAGAAUAAACUGAAAA